AUGCCACCGCUUUUCCCACUCCUCCGGAUGGGCGGCAGUGGGGUUCAUUUCACCCCUACCAAGGAGCACAUGCAGUCUGUGAUGAAACAAACCCAGCAACUUCAAACUUUGGCAGCUCGGCAAGUUCAGCAGUCCACCCAACAGUUUAUGAUGCAACAGCCCCAGCGAUCCCAAACUGUAGCAGUUCAGCGAGUCCAGCAGCCUACCCAACAAAUGCAAGCAGCCUUUCCAACUACUCCCGAUGAGCACAUGCAGUAUGUGAUAUAG